AUGGCCGCCGCGGAUGUUCGUGAUAUGUUGGAUUUGCCCGCUGAGGGCCAGCCCAGACCGGCGAAGAAACAAAAAGUGGUCGAGAAGCGUCCAGAGGGAAUCACACGUGAAUUAUACGCGCUUCUUGGAGAGCGGGCGCCACCGAUCGCGAUCAAUGAGAACAAGUACAAGGGGCGACCCAAGUUCAUGAACAAACUGCGUGUUCGCAAAUGGUGUAUGACGCCCUUUACGAAUAACGCCAGAUCAGACGGGUUGGUAUUGAACCAUUGGCAAAGAGAACAUGAAUCGGCUCGACCCCCCGUGUCCGAUACUACUCAGAUGGAAGUUGAUACAACGGGAGAGGGGAACCAACAAGACGCGACGACGCCACACGAGAAAGAAUAUCCCUUUGCCAAGUACAACAUCAAGGCCCGCGUACCUAGGCAAUACACAGAUGAGGAGUAUAACCGACAUCUCCGGAGUGACGACUGGACUCGAGAGGAGACGGAUUAUUUGAUGGGUCUAGUGGCCGAGUAUGAUGUGCGCUGGGUUGUCAUUGCAGACCGAUACGACUAUCAGAGACACCAUGACUCUGAGCCGGAGGCCAAUGCGAUUGUGCCCGCAAAGCAAUACCGAACCAUGGAGCAGAUGAAAUCCCGCUACUAUUACGUUGCUGCAACGAUGCUGGCAAUAGAACAUCCUCCGUCUGAAAUGUCCGAGGCCGAAUUCGCUCUGCACGAACAAAUGUUGAAGUACGAUCCAGAUCGCGAACGGGAUCGCAAGGAACUGGCCGCUCUGCAACUCAACCGGACGGCAGACGAAGUGCGAGAGGAGGCAAUGCUGCUGGAAGAACUCAAGCGCAUUACCAGUAACGAGCAGAACUUUAUCACCGAGCGCCGUGAGCUCUACUCGCGUCUCGAAGUCCCCAUCAGUGUGGGCAACACUACAAUGUAUCAGACCAGCCAGGGUCUGUCCCAGCUCCUGCAGACCCUUCUCCAGGCUGACAAGAGCAAGAAACGCCGUUCGAUUCUUGGACCUGAAGCCGGUGCUCCAAGUCCCGCUGGACAAACACCCACCCAGGCGACUGCUCCCGGGCGAGCUGAGACCCCCAGUACAACCGCCGCGCCGCCCAAGGAGACCAAGAAAGGCUCUGCAGCACCUCAGCCGCCGCCGUCGCUCCGAACUCUCACUCCCGCCGAGGAAACCCGCUACGGUAUCCAACACCACGAACGACUCACGGGAGGCGUUCAAUUCCGCAGCGAUCGAGCCCAGAAACUCACCCAGGCCAAGUCAAACGUCCAAACCCAAAAGCUGGCCAGCGCCUUGGCCGAGCUCGAGAUCCCCGUGCGCUUGUUCAUGCCUACCGAGCGCGUGUGCAAGGACUUUGAAAAGCUCAUUCAAUCUGUCAACCUCCUCCUCGACGCACGCAAGGUCGCCGAGAAGGUUGAAAGUGAGAUUCGCGUUUUGGAAGCGGCCAAGGCCGAGCGGGAGCGUAAAGAGGCUCCCGAACCUACCGAAAAAGAUUCCGCGCAUGCGGAAGUCAAGAAAGAGGCCGAUGAUGCUGGAACCAACAUGCUCGCUUCAACAGCCGCGGACGCCACCACAUCUACGCCUGCAGCUCCUCCUACCGACGGCGCAAGUGAUCAAGUGGCGCCCGCCGAGGCGAAGUCGGAUGCGCCAGCCACAGCGGAGGAACAGUCUGCCAAGGAGGAUGGUACGCACAAGCGCUCAGCCAGUGUCUUGAGUAAUGCCAGUGACAAGAGCUUGAAGCGCCAGCGACGUUAA